AUGGAUCCGGAUUUCAGUAUGGAUUACAGUAUGGAUUUGAAUGAGUAUGACUACAGCAAUUACUCUACUGACAAUUCAACAGCUGAAGAAGAAUUUUCCAAAACAACCCAAUCAACAUGUUUCACAGACUCCACCUGCAUCACCCUUGUGGUGAUCAACACUGUCAUUUUCCUCUUGGGUGUCCUUGGAAAUGGAAUUGUGAUUUGGAUCGCUGGCUUCAAGAUGAAGAAGACAGUCAACACCACCUGGUACCUCAGCCUGGCUGUGUCGGAUUUCCUAGUCUGUGCGAUUCACCCGUUUAACAUAGCCUUUGUGGCCAUGGAGAACUGGGUCUUUGGCCCCUUCCUGUGCAAGUUCACCUCCUUCAUGAUGUUCGUGAAUAUGUUCAGCAGCAUCUUCCUGCUGGUCUUCAUCAGUGUGGACAGGUGCAUUGCUGUGGUGUUACCUGUGUGGGCUCAGAACCACCGGACCACCAGAACCGCGUCCUUCGUGGUCACUGUGGCGUGGAUCUUCUCUGUGGUUCUAAGCAUCCCCUCCAUCGUAUUCAGAGACGUGCAAACCCAUAUGGGCAGAACUAACUGCUUCAACAGCUACACAUCAGACCCGUAUAGCCACACCGCCAUCGCCGUCAGUCGCUUUGUCUUCGGCUUCAUUGUCCCUUUCAUCAUUAUCAUCGUGUGCUACUCUGUGAUCACCCUCAGACUGAUGAGCAGUCAGAUCAAGAGGUCCUCCAAGCCUCUGAAGAUCAUGACGGCCCUCAUCGCCACCUUCUUCAUCUGCUGGCUGCCCUACCACGUCUUCAUCCUCCUGGAGCUGAACCAUGGCUUCUACGACAAGAGGUCCAUGAUGCACGGACUGCAGUUUGGCACGCUGCUCGCGCUCGCCAACAGCUGCCUCAACCCCGUGCUGUACGCGUUCAUGGGCAACGACUUCAGGAAGAAGUUCAGAAGCUCGCUGCUGUCCAAAAUUGAGAAUGCGAUGGGAGAGGAUGUUCGCACCACCAGCCGCUACUUGUCUCGCAACAGCUCAAUGGACGGGAGGGCUUCCACUCAUAUCUAAACAUCCACAGGUUCCAUUCUCUCUCUUCAGCUCUUACAGGGCUACAUGGUGUCAUGAUAGCCAUUUCAAGAACCUUUUAGGUCACCUUCUCAGGAACAGAAGAGAAUCUGGCCUAGAUUGUCCGUGGAUGGAUAUCUAAAUGUCAACACGUUUCCUAUUCCCUAUACCCUCUUCAACUCUUACGGUUACUUUACUCAUAGUCUAGACUGAUUACUGCUAGUUCUUGUUGAAUUGUAGUUUUUUAUGAAUUAUCAGAUGAGAAUGUAUCCACAGAUGUCCACAGGUUCCCAGUCCCUCUUCAACAUUUACUGUUACUUUCAUCACAGUCUACAAAGAUGGUUACUGUUAGGGUUUGUAGCAUUAUACUCUUUUUACACAUUCUCAGUAUUGGAUGUAUGUAUGGCUUUAAGGAACAAACCCAACCAGGGGUGUCUUGCUUGAACUGAGGGAGAUGACAGGACAUGAUAACUCAUUAAAUGAAAUGAUAUCUCUGUACAUUAUUCUUUACGCAAACUGCUGUAUACGUUUGAAUAUUUUCAUAAUGAAAAGCAUUAGUUAGAAUAUCAGUUAACCAGUUCGUAAGCAGCGUGUGUGUGCCUGUGUCUCUGUCUGUUAUCCAGGCCUCUAUUUUCAAUGUUUUCUACAGAUUCACAGUACUUGUUACAGUACAGAAUGUUGUAUAUAAACAUGUUUAGAUGUAAGUUUUAAAGUGGAAAAAUCGUAUAAAAACAAUGCAAUCAAAACAUAAUAAAGAUG